AUGUUAACUCUUCAAAUCCUCUCAUCAGAAGUUUCAAAAUAUGCAAAAAAGGGAAAACUUCAAUGUAAACAUAGAAAAACUCUUCUAAUAUUUAUUUCGUCUAUCUAA